CAAAAUGUAUUUUUACGUUAUGUGUAUUGGCGUCUUGAACAAAUAUCUCAAUAGUAGCAGGCUUCAAAACCCAACGUGUCCCAAAAUGAAUCAGUAUAAUCGAGUAUCGGUCCUACUCAGCUAUGUGGAAGAAUGGUGUUGGUUAAUUAUGCUAACUUUUAUAUAUCCUGACGUUCUGGACAAAUCUCAAAACUCAACGAGCCUCAAGGAUAGUCCAAAGAUCAAGAAGAUGCUUAGACAAAUGUCCAAGAUCAAAAAUUGAGAAUCUGACAUAGCCCCAAGCUUUGCUAAAAAAAAAUCUGACUUUCGAUGCUUACCCUGUAUAAGUG